GUUGUAAUGAGCUUUGCUGUUCCUGAUCGUCCUCGGGAAGUUCGUAUGGAAGCAGCUUAUUUUCUGCAGCAACUGUGCCAGUCCAGCUCCUUGACAUUGCAAAUGUUUAUUGCUUGCCGUGGGAUUCCAAUUCUUGUGGGCUUUCUGGAGGCGGAUUAUGCAAAAUAUAGGGAAAUGGUUCAUCUAGCUAUUGAUGGCAUGUGGCAGGUAUUCAAGCUUCAACGCUCAACCCCUCGAAAUGAUUUCUGUCGCAUAGCUGCCAGAAAUGGUAUAUUACUUAGGCUGAUCAACACUCUUUAUAGUUUAAAUGAGGCUACUCGUCUAGCUUCUAUAUCUGGUGGUGGUGGAUUCCCACCAGAUGGUUUGGCUCCACGGCCACGUUCUGGUUCGUUGGAUCCUUCCUUGUUGCAGAGUGAGGUAUCACAUUAUGGGGUUGAUCAACCUGAUCACUUUAAACUUAAGCAUGGAACAUUAGAUCAUAUUUUGCCGGCUGGAACACAGGAAACAGCACGGGCUUCAGUUUCACAAUCACCGGAUGCCAGAUUCUUUACUCUUGAUACUGACAGACCGCAGUCAAGCAACACUACACUGGAAGCUUCAGGCAGUUCAAAAUUGUCUGAUUCAACACCUUUGGACAAAGUAGUCAGUGUGGCAGCAAAAGAAUUUCCUGUUGCUAGUUCGAGAGAAAAAGAGAGUACAGAUCGAUGGAAAAAUGAUCCUUCCUGUAUUGAAUUUGAUCCAAGGCAGCCGAGAGGUGCUGGUAUGGCAAAUAGAACAUCCACGGAUCGGCCAGCAAAAAUGACUGAGGGUGCACCAAAUGGAAUUUUUUCAGCAACUGCUACCCAGCAAGAGAAUGUUCGGCCACUUCUAAGUUUACUGGACAAGGAGCCACCAUCACGUCAUUUUUCUGGUCAGCUUGAGUACGUACGGCAUCUGACUGGGCUGGAGAAACAUGAAAGCAUACUACCUCUUCUACAUGCAUCCAAUGAAAAAAAAUCAAACGGGUUAGAGUUUUUGAUGGCUGAAUUUGCAGAGGUUUCUGUGCGUGAAAGGGAUAACAGUAACUUGGAUUCAUUACCCAGAAAUUCAUACAAAUCAGCAAACAAGAAGGUUGGACAACCAGCAACUAUUGAUGGAAUGGCUUCUACGUCAGGACUUGCAUCUCAGACUGCAUCUGGGGUUCUGUCUGGCUCUGGGGUUCUAAAUGCUAGACCAGGGAGUGCUACAUCAUCAGGGUUGCUUUGUCAUAUGGUAUCACCUUGGAAUGCUGAUGUUGCCAGGGAAUAUCUGGAAAAAGUGGCAGAUCUUCUUCUUGAGUUUGCUCGGGCAGACACAACUGUGAAAUCCCAUAUGUGCAGCCAGAGUUUGCUUAGUCGUCUCUUCCAGAUGUUCAAUAAAAUAGAGCCCCCUAUUCUUGUGAAGUUAUUGAAGUGCAUCAAUCAGCUAUCAAUGGAUCCACACUGCUUAGAACAACUUCAGCGAGCAGAUGCAAUCAAAUAUUUGAUUCCAAAUCUUGAUCUCAAAGAGGGUCCUCUUGUUUCUCAAAUACAUCACGAGGUCCUCCAUGCACUCUUCAAUCUCUGUAAGAUCAAUAAGAGGAGACAGGAACAGGCAGCAGAAAAUGGGAUCAUUCCACAUUUGAUGCAAUUUAUCAUGUCUGAUUCACCACUAAAACAAUAUGCCUUGCCUCUGCUUUGCGAUAUGGCCCAUGCUUCACGUAAUUCAAGAGAACAGUUACGGGCUCAUGGUGGGUUGGAUGUGUACUUGAGCCUGCUAGAAGAUGAGCUCUGGUCUGUCACGGCAUUGGAUUCUAUUGCUGUUUGCUUGGCUCAUGAUAAUGACAGCAAGAAGGUCGAACAAGCUUUACUAAAAAAGGAUGCUGUGCAGAAACUGGUCAAGUUUUUCGAGAACUGUCCAGAACAGCAUUUUCUGCAUAUACUGGAGCCUUUCUUGAAAAUUAUAACGAAAUCUUCCCGAAUAAAUACAACUCUUGCUGUUAAUGGCUUGACGCCACUGCUGAUUUUAAGGCUACACCACCAGGAUGCUAUAGCCCGGUUGAAUCUGCUGAAGCUAAUAAAGGCUGUAUAUGAGCACCACCCUAGACCAAAGCAACUGAUUGUGGAGAAUGAUCUUCCAUCCAAGCUUCAGAAUUUAAUCGAGGAACGUAGAGAUGGGCAAAGUUCUGGAGGACAAGUUUUAGUGAAACAGAUGGCUACUUCUCUGCUUAAAGCACUUCAUAUCAAUACUGUUUUGUAAUUUCAAGUGUUUGACUACUGUCUUAAUGCUGUGCAUUGUAUAGCGUGCAGGGUGUAAUUAAUUCCAGUAUAUGCCCCAAAUUUUUAAUCAUUGUUUUUUGGCUUAUUUAUUUUACAAAAUUCUCAUGUUGAACUUCUUAAAACACAAGUCCUAGGUAUCCUUUUUCGUUUUUCUAUUUUAAAUAUCUUUAAAUAGCUGUUUCAGAAUGGUGCUUAUUAGCCACCAUCUCUCUCUUGUAGAAAGCUUUUGAUUUAGUGUAUGGGCAUCUUUGAGUAAAUGUAAGUUAAUCUCUUUCCUUGGCU